GGGCCAAGCCAGCGGCAUUCACAAAGGCAGUCGGGUGGUGGGUAGGUACAAUCCGAGUCAGUCAGUUUCCGCAUGCACACACGAAUCCGUCCGUCCGCCUGUCUGUCUGUCGCGUCGCCUCGCCUCUCACACGGGUGCACAGAUACAUGAGACUACACACGAUCACCCGGUGGUCAGCCGCGCAUCGAUUCAUUGGUUUGAUGAUACAAUCCUCUGUCUACCCAUCUCAGUCACGUCACACAGACAAAAACAGACAGGACGCUGGCUUGCCUCGUAGCUUCAUUCACAGACAGACACCACACGGCAAAAAUCGCUCAGAAGCCCAGCGCGUGCAGGACCGGCACGGACUGGUCGACCCCCCUCUCGGCCGCGAAGGCCGCCAUCGCGAUCAUCGCCAGCCGGCCGUUCUUGAGCUCCUGCAGCUCAAGCUUCUUCUUCUCGGCGUCCGACUUGUUCUUGUACAACCUACAAACACACACGCAUACAACACCACCAACAUAACCCCAGCCGACCAAGACCGUGUGUGUGCCGUGCCCUUCGCCCCACCUGAGUGGGUCGAAGCCGAGGUUGCCAGCGGGUCUCUCGGGCGUGCCCUGGAAGAGUCCGUCGUUGUAUGUCUGGCCCUCGAUGAGGCCGAUGGCGGCGAAGAUCUGGGGGAUGGCCAGGGGGUGCUGCUGCAGCACGGCCUUGUAGAUGUCGAUCCAGUCGUCGGGCUUGCUGUCGAGAUAACCCGGGAUCAUCAGACCCAGCCGGUUGGCCGCGAUGCCCAAGAAGGCAAGCAUGCAGACGCGGCCGUGCUUCAGCUCAGACUCCCGAAGCCACUGCGCAACACACACACACACACAUGCCAAAACGUUCCAUGUGUGUCCACCCAUCCAUCUUGGAUCCAUCUUGUCCUCACCUCAACAGACGGCCAGACCAUGCUGCCGUAUUCGCGAAAGAGGAUGUUGCCGAGCUCGAACUUGCCGGUGAGCUUCCAGGGGUCCCAUGGGCCCUUCAUCAUGGACUGUGUUUCCACGUCAGCUCCCACCAUCUCCUCCAGCUUGGGCGACACGUCACGCUGAGACGUCACCUGCAUCGUGACGUCACGCCGACCGCCCCGCACGCCGCCUACUCGAGAUGGCAGCGGCUGGAACGCAUUGGCGCCCACAGCCAGGCAGAGAGCGACGACGAUGGACGAGAUGGUGAGAUGGGCCAUGAUGCUGUGCCGUUUGGCCUUGGAAAAUCUGCCUUGCUUCUGCUUGCUU